CAUCGAGCUACACACCACAACCUGCAAUAAAAGUACCUCCUGUGUAACAUGCUGUUUUGUCGAAGGUAUCGCCACAUGCAGUAUGAACACGCCCAUUCUUGCUUGCGUGCAGCGAGGUAGCUUGCAAAUUAAAUAAUAAUGAACAACAACCUUCCAACAAAUGAUAUAUCCUGUGAAACUGAGCAGAGACAGCGCGGACUGCGGCAUGACGCAGACGCGUCAUUCCCUGAGCCUGAGCAGCGCGGCCUGUCGUCGGCUCUGAUAAACAUUGCACGCGAGCAACUUAACGUUUUACGCUCGGAGCAGCAGCCCGCAUGGCAGGAGGCCCCCAGCACCAGCAGCGGGGGCGGCCUCACCUCCCCCAGACAGGCUGCCCAGACGGAGGCUGACCCACCGGGGAGCCCCUCCCCCUCCUCCUCACCCUCCCCUCUCACCCUGCUAGCAGCCACCAACUAUGCUCGGCGAGCCGCCGCGCGGAGGCAGCAGCAGCUGCAGCAGCAGGGCAGUUCCUCUCCCUCCACGACAACACCCGCCGGUGACCCUGAGGGGCUGGGAGAGCGGGAGGAGGCGGCGGAGCAGCAGCAGGCAGCCGUCCGCAGUGACCCACGGGUCAGGAGAGCGGUGGCGCAGUGGUGGCACUGGCUGCCGCGCGGCCGGGGGCCGAGGGAGGGCGAGGAGGAGGAGGAGGAGGACGUGGACCUCCAGCGGGAGGAGGCGGCAAAAGCAUCAGGCGAGCGGGAGGGGCCGCAGCAGCAGCAGGAGGAGGAAGAGCAGGAGGAGGGGGGCGAGGCUGCUCUUACCAGGCGGGCGGGUCGGAGCCUGGGGGGGCACAUGUCGGCCUCCUCCAGCCUGGCCUCCCGCUUCUCCGCCGUGGCAGACGAGGUGCUGGGGGCGGCGGCAGUGGGUGGUGUCCCUGCUGCUGUUGGUGCUGCCGGCAGCGGCGGCGGCAGCGACACGUUGGAGCGGCCGGUGUACUGGGCCCUGCUGCUGGCGCUGGCAGGGGCCCUGUUCCCCCGCUUCCAUCUGCCUCCCCCCGACCCGGACGACUUUGCGCCCGACCCCGAGCACUGGGCGGCUGACAGCGGCGGGCGGCCGCAGCUGGGCUGGGAGGGCUUCCUGGGGGCGCUGUGCGGGAUGGCGGAGGACUGGGCGGCGGGCCCCCACCCGGCUGACCACGCGGAGCUGCUCGAGUCGCUGCUCCGGGAGGUGCAGCGCGGCGAGUCCCGCUCCGCCGCCCUCUCCGACCUGCUGGCCCGCUUCGGCUACCGACACCACCCGCACCAGUACGACAGCCCCGCCGCACCGGCAGGCGGGCAGCAGGAGGGAGGAGCGGGGGGAGGGGGGGCAGCAGCGCACUCGCCACGUGGGGUUGCUCCCGACCCCACCUGCCCCCCGCCCCUGCAAGAACACCCGCAGCAGCAGCUGCUGCUCGUCCCGGGUCCCUGGGAGGAAGAGGGGGAGGAGGAGGGGCGACGCUUGGCGGCUCGAGAACACCAACACGCGGCACCUCACACCGCCACCUCCGCCGCCAACCCCCACGCCACCUCCCACCGUCCACCGCACCCCACCUCCCACCCCACCUCCCACCCCAAACCCAAC